UUGAGGAAGAGAGAUAUGGCGGUUCAGAAAAGGGUUGUGUCGAUUCUCUUCAUUCAGCUACUUCUCCAUGUUGUUUUGAACCCGAACCGGGCCAGUGGAGCCGGUUUGCGAACCGGUUUCUACGACGAGACAUGCCCCGACGCAGAGGCCAUAGCUUUCGAGACGCUUCGCAAGGCCGUCUCCAAGGAUCGAACCGUUGCUGCCGCUGUGCUCAGGCUCCAUUACCACGACUGCUUCGUUAGAGGUUGUGAGGCUUCGGUGCUUUUGGAUGGAGCAAAGAAAGGUGACGCCGAGAAAGAUGCGUCGGUGAACUUCCAGCUUAAGAGGACGGAUGGGCCAUUUUGGAAAGUUGAAACCGGACAUAGAGAUGGAAGAGUCUCACUCAGCACGGAGGCGGAUGAAAGCAUGCCGUUCUCGUUUUUCAACAUAACUCGACUAAAGCAAAACUUUGCGUCCAAGGGUCUAACCAAGAAAGACUUACUUUACAACUUCACCGGGAGAGGCGACGCCGAACCGUCCCUGGACCCAACCUACGCUUCGGAACUGAGGAAGAAGUGCAAGCCUGACGGCGCCGGCGCCGGCAUUGAGCUCGACCGAAAAAGUUCGAGGACUUUCGAUACACAUUUCUACGAAGGCGUAACGCAAACCAGAGGUCUCCUCAUUUCUGACGCAGCACUUCUCGACGAUUCUGCGACUCGAGCUUAUGUGGAACGCCAGUCGAGUUAUGGUGUUGGGGCGAGUUUUGGUAGGGAUUUUGGCGAAUCGAUGGUGAGGAUGGGUGGGAUUGGAGUACUGACAGGAAAUCAAGGGGAGAUUAGGAAACGUUGUGGAUUUGUGAACUGA